GAGAGAGAGAGGAAAUUGCACAGCAGCGAAGUUGAUACAAAGUCCCACAGCUGGUUAUGUUCAGAGUCAACUGCCGGCUUACGUCUGCGUUUAACCAUGACUGAAGCAGAGUUAUAUGCGGUGUAUAAGGGGGUUUAUGUGCCUACAUGUCUGCAUCCACCACAGAGCCUAAAAUACUACGAGGAGUUCACUUUCCGUCCAGAUGAUACUGUCAUUGUUACCUAUCCCAAGUCAGGUACGACUUGGAUGCAGGAGAUCGUCCCUCUGAUCAUGAGUGGAGGAGAUCCGGCCUCUGUUGAGAGUCUUCCUAACUGGGACCGUGUUCCCUGGUUGGAGGAACAUCGUGCCUGUGCCCUUAAACUUGAUGAGAGGCCGUCUCCACGCAUGUUUGCUACACACUACCACUACAACAUGAUGCCACCAUCCUUCUUUGAAGUUAAGCCAAAGGUCAUCUAUGUCAUGAGGAACCCCAAAGACGUGUUUACAUCUUCCUUCCAUUAUUAUGGGAUGACCUCCUUUUUGGUCAACCCAGGCUCACAGAGCGAGUUCCUCCACAAGUUCCUUGAUGGAAAAGUUAUGUUUGGCUCAUGGUUUGAUCAUGUGAAGGGCUGGCUGAAUGCUGAAGAUAAAGAGCGAGUAAUGUACAUCUCCUAUGAAGAGAUGAUAAUGGACCUGAAGGAUUCUGUGGGCAGAAUCGCUCAGUUCUUGGAGAAAUCUCUGGACACUGAGGUGAUAGAGAAGAUAGCAGACCGAUGUGUGUUCAAGAACAUGAAAAAGAACAAAAUGUCAAACUACUCUGCAGUUCCUCGUGAAUUCAUGGACCAGUCAAAGUCUGAAUUUCUCAGAAAAGGAAUCGCUGGAGACUGGAAAAACCAACUAACAGGGGCAGAAGUGGAGCACUUUGAUGCCGUUUAUAAAGACAAAAUGAAAGAUGUCAAACACAAAUUUGUAUGGGAUUGAAAUAAAUGUGAACAAAACAUUUUCCACCAUAUUGUGAUGAAUAAAACUGUUGAGGUUCUGUCGGUCACUGCAGUUCACUAAAAUGUUCAGUUUGGUUCAGGAGAAAUGCAGAAUGCUGCCAACUUUCUCAAGUCUCUUGACUUAUUAGCUUUUACUGUGUAUCUUUCUCAUAGACAGACUGUUUUGCCUUGUUUUGAUUUCAUCGGUUACUUCCUUAAAUAAUAUCACCAAUGUUCAUUUGAGAUUUGUUCAAGAAUUAAAAUUUGAAUUGAUUUGGCCAAUCAGGUUCAUACACAAAACAAAGCUGAUAAAUACGGGGAUAAUUAUUUUUGGUUCAGUUUGGUUUGUGACUUUUUAUCUAUUACUGAAACCUACAGUCAGUUGACAUUAUUUGUCAAACCAGAACACACUAAUUAAUCUUGGCUUAGAAGUUCAUAUUUUAAUCAACUACUAAUUACAGUAUGUUGUCAAAAUAGAUUUAAUGAUUUUUCUAUUUUGCUUUCUGAUUUUUGUUUUUUUUAAUCGUCUGCCUUUCCAUGAAACUUAAAGAGACUUGCGUUUAAAGUAUUUUUUUUAUUCUCAGUCCUCAUAAGUGGGAAAAUGCUGCCAGUCAUUAUGUAAAAUGUGUGCCACAAACUUCUUAAAGGACAUUUAAAACUCAAAUUGCAAUAUGUAUGUCAAAUAUAAAUUCACCAAUUUAUAAAUAAAUGCUACACCUUUGCACUGA